CCAACCUAAAAAUGAAAAUAAAUUAGAGCAAGUUAAGGUUUGUAUUGUAUCGUGUUCUCUUCUUCGUUGGUCUCUUUCCGUCUUAUCUAUCCCUUCCCUCUUCCUCCAUUUAGAUAAUCUCUCUCUUCGUAUCUCUUUCCCCUAUUCAAUUCAUUGUGUUUUGGGUCCUCUCUCUCAAAUUAGGGUUCCCCAUAAAUAUGCUUCUUGGGAUUUGGAUUAUUUGACUCUCCCAAAUUACUACUUGUUCUUUUGCCUCUAUGUUUCCUUCUACUUCAUGCCCAAUCAUCAAUGUCCGCGCCUAUGUUAGUAGGUAGGAUGAAAGGUUUUAGAGAUUGGGUUUUCUCCCAGCUAUUGUCCAAUUCAUUGAUCUCGCCAACGCCGUUAUCAGGCAGUAAUACUUUAUAUCUUGAAGACCGUCCAAGUCAAGAUCUUAAUGACCAAGCUCACACACAUUCUGUAGCAUUGCCGAUUCCGUCUGGCACAUCAAACUCUUCUGCCAACCAGAGUAAUCAGAGCAGUUCUACCUUGCAGCAAGCUUCAGAUGCAGAAAUUUAUCAAUCUCAACAUAGUGGAAAUGGAAGACGGAAGGAUACUUUGGCAAAGGUUGAGGAUCUCCAAGUUAAAUUUUUCCGCCUUCUCCAGCGCCUUGGCCAGUCAAAAGAAAACCUCUUGGUCGCAAAGGUUCUUUAUCGGAUGCACCUGGCAACUUUGAUUCGUGCUGAGGAAACGGAUCUGCAAAGAGUUAACCUUAGUAGCAGUGGAGCUCGAGAAAUAGCAAACCAACAUGAGGCAGCUGAUAUGCCUCAAUUGGACUUCUCCUGCAGAAUACUUGUCCUUGGUAAAACAGGAGUUGGAAAAAGUGCCACUAUAAACUCUAUAUUUGAUCAAGAAAAAGCCACAACUAAUGCUUUUCAACCUGCUACCGAUUGCAUCCAAGAAAUUGUGGGAACUGUCAAUGGGCUUAACAUAACGUUUAUUGAUACCCCUGGUUUCCUGCCUUCCUCUACCAAUAAUGUGAAGAGAAAUAAGAGGAUCAUGCUUUCUGUGAAGAGAUUCAUUAGAAAGUCACCUCCAGACAUCGUUUUGUACUUUGAACGGCUUGAUCUUAUCAAUUCUGGUUAUAGUGACUUCCCACUUUUGAAACUCAUAACCGAGGUAUUUGGUGCGGCAAUCUGGUUCAACACUAUCUUAGUCAUGACUCAUUCAUCUUCAUCUAUUCCAGAAGGACCUAAUGGAUAUACUGUUAAUUAUGAUUCGUAUACUUCUCAAUGUACUAACCUAAUACAGCAGUAUAUACAUCAGGCAAUUUUAGAUUCAAGGCUAGAAAACCCUGCACUUUUUGUUGAGAACCAUCCUCAGUGCCCUAGAAAUAUUUUGGGAGAGAAAAUUCUUCCUAAUGGACAGAUUUGGAGAUCUCAACUCUUGUUAUUUUGCAUUUGUACCAAAGUUCUGGGUGAUGUAAAUUCCCUCCUUAAGUUUCAGAACGGUGUGGAAUUAGGACCGACAAACAGUGCCCGAGUUCCUUCUCUGCCCCAUCUCCUUUCGUCCCUGUUACGCCAUCGCUCUGUAUCCAAUCAAAGUGGAAUUGAUGAUGAAAUUGAGGAAAUAUUACUUUCAGACAAAGAAGAAGGAGAUGAGUAUGAUCAACUUCCAUCCAUACGAAUCCUGACAAAAUCCCAGUUUGAAAAGUUGUCCAAGUCGCAAAAAGAAGAUUAUCUGGAUGAAUUGGAAUACAGAGAGACCCUUUACUUAAAGAAACAAAUGAAAGAAGAGUACCGUAGACGCAAGGAGAAGUUACUUUUAGAAGAGCAAAAGUUUUCUGAUAUCGAUAAUUCUGAUGAUCAACAGGGUCCUCCAGAACCUGUUCAGUUACCAGAUAUGGCUGUUCCUCUAAGUUUUGAUUCUGAUUGCGCUAUACAUAGAUACCGCUGCCUUGUUGAUAAUGACCAAUUACUUGUGAGACCUGUUCUUGAUCCCCAAGGAUGGGAUCACGAUGUGGGUUUUGAUGGUAUAAACUUGGAGACAACUACCGAAGUAAAGAAGAAUGUAUAUGCCUCUGUUGUGGGACAAAUGCAUAAGAAUAAGCAGGAUUUCAAUAUUCAAUCUGAGUGUGCUGCAGCUUAUGUCAAUCCGAUGGGUCCUAGUUACUCUAUUGGUGUUGACGUUCAAUCUGUUGGUGGUAAAGAUAUGGUUUGUACCGUCCAUAGCAACACAAAAUUGAAAAACAUAAAGCACAACAUUGCUGACUGUGGUGUUUCUUUGACAUCUUUCGGAAAGAAAUACUACGUGGGUGCAAAACUUGAGGAUACUUUGCUAAUCGGAAAGAGAUUAAAAUUUGUGAUUAAUGCUGGCCGAAUGGAAGGUCAGGGACAAGUGGCGCAUGGUGGAAGUUUUGAAGCUUGUUUGCGAGGGGAAGAUUAUCCCAUCAGAAAUGACAACUUAAGCCUGACAAUGACAGUCCUCUCCUUCAAUAAAGAGACUGUGUUGAGUGGUAAUUUACAAUCUGAGUUCAGGUUGAGUCGAAGCCUGAAAGCAACUGUUAGUGCUAAUCUAAAUAGUCGCAAAAUGGGGCAAAUAUGUAUUAAGACUAGUAGUUCUGAGCAUUUACAAAUUGCCUUGGUUGCAGUUUUCUCAAUUUUGAAGGUUCUGUUACAUAGAAAGGAAAUCUAGAACAUGGUAAAGAAAGUCCUCGAAAGAUAUUAGAUUCUGUUUGUUUAGGGAGACUCGUCUAUUUUGAUCAGGGAAAAGAUGAAUUUUGGUGAAGCAUUCUGCAGGGAAGCAUAGAUAUGGACCAUUUUCUGUUUCAGAUGGAAAACGAAAUUAGAAUCAGAUUUUUUGAAGAGUUAAAUUAUUUUCAUUUCGCUAUACUUCAGAUUCCAGUUUUUGGAAGUCUCUUUAGUUUAGGCUGGCGUCUUGAACGUGUAACCUUCUGUGCAUUGUUGUUCAAUAAUCAGUAUUUGGGUGCUUCCCCAAUCUUAGAUGUUCAUUUGUAGUAAAUAAAAUCAAAACUGUACAUUAAAGCACAGAAACUUUGGGUUUUUUCUUCUGUAUUUGUUCAAAUAUAAUAAGUUAGUAGCAUAUGAAUUUAUCGGUUCAACAGGAAUUA